GACUCUUCAUCGUUGAACCCCACACCUGGACUCUCGAGGAUGGGACACAGGUGGAUGUUUCAGCCUUCGUUCCUGCCAACCCCCCUUCCUUUCAUCCUCCUCGUCCUCUUCCUCCUCUUGUCUCCUGCGUUUGGCAGUGCCAUGCCAGGGCCUGACUUCGACUACAGAACACAUCCACGCUUCAUCUGCACCCCCCUCCCUGUGGAUGCAGACCCUGCUUGCUUCCCCCCGGGGGGCCCAGCUAUGGGGGCCUCUGGGGCUGGGGGGCCAGGCCACCACGGGGCUCCUGGAGGGGUCCCUAACGGCUUUUGGGGGAUGACGGAAGAAGCUAAGACCACCAUCUUACACCUCAGGGAGAGCCUGGUGCAGCAGAAGGAGACGAUCUUGGAGCAGAGAGAGAGCAUCAGGGAGCUGACAGCCAAGCUGGCUAUGUGUGAGGGCUUCGGGCGGGGCAUGGGGCCCCAGGAUGACCACCACGGAGACCCCUCUGGCCCCUCCCCGUCCUCCCGCGGACACGGGAGCCACAGCUCUCACGGCAGCAACGGCCACCGCUCUAAAGGAGGGCACGGCAAAAAACGGGGGAAGGAGAAACAUGGAACACCAGGGGAUAUGACGUCAUCGCCGGAGCAGAUGAGCCGGAUGCUGCAGGCUCUGAAGGAGAGGCUGGAGAAGCAGUCCAGGAACACUUCGUCCACCACGUACUCCAGCUCUCUGAAGGAGCUUCUGCAGAGGAAGAUCAACGCUCUGGAGCAACAGAUGCAACACCGCUCCACCGCGGCCCUCAGCAGCCCAGAUCACCACGACAACGACAGUCACGGCGACAAUCACGAUCGCCAUGACGACGGGAACCCAGGCGACGGUCACCACGCCGACGCCCACCAUGACAAUGAGCACCACGACGAUGACGACAGUCACCAUGACGACAGUCACCACGACGACAGUCACAGCGAAGACAACGGUCACGAUGACGGCGAUGAGGAUGAUGAAGAAGAUGAAGACGAUGAUGAAGACGAUGAUGAUGAUGACGAUGAUGACAGUCACCACGACAACAUCGCAGACAGUCAUGGUUACCUUCCACGAACAGGCUAUCACUCACAAGGCCCGAGGUCUGGGCUGCAUUCCAACAAACUGGAGUCUGUCCUGAAUCACCUGCAUCACACAGGUUCCAACAGGAAGAAACUCCAGAGCCCUGAAGCCUUCCAGAUCGGCUUCCCCAUGAGGACCAACUACAUGUACGGCAAGGUGAAGAGGACCCUCCUCCAGGAGAUCUUUGCUCUCACCCUGUGCCUGUGGAUCAAGGGGGGCGCGGGGCCUGGCCUGGGGACACCCUUCUCCUACUCUGUACCUGGACAGGCCAACGAGCUGGUUCUCAUCGAGUGGGGCAACAACCCCAUGGAGCUACUGGUGGAUGAUAAGGCAGUGACCCUGCCUCUGUCCCUGAGCGAUGGCAAGUGGCACCAUGUGUGUGUGACGUGGACAACCAGGGACGGUCUUUGGGAGGCGUACCAGGACGGGGUGAAGAGGGGUUCUGGAGAGGACCUGUCGGCCUGGCACCCCAUCAAGCCUGGGGGGGUGUUCAUCCUGGGGCAGGAGCAGGACACUCUGGGCGGUCGUUUCGAUGCCACUCAGUCGUUCGUGGGGGAGAUGUCCGACGUGCAGAUGUGGUCGCACGCCCUGACAGCUCCAGACAUCUACGGCCUGGCGUCCUGUGGCAGCCACCUCAGCGGAGACGUCUUUGCCUGGUCAGAGGCCAUGGUGGAGCUACAUGGGGGGGUCACCAAGUACCCCUUCAACCCCUGUCACUAA